UGAUAGAUGCGUGCGCAAUAUUCCCUGGAUUUUGUGGUGUGGACCACUUUUGUGUAAAUGAUUGGUAUCUUCAGUCGAAAGCGACUCGCACGGUUUAUAGUUAAUUUUUGAUUCCUUGUAUUUAUUGCUGUGAGUUCGUAUUUUUCAUAUAUAGAACGAAGAAAUUACUAAUCUACUUAUCCUCUGAUUUAUACAAAUUGUUCGCUACAACGAUUGUGACAAGACCAAUCCGGUAAUUCAUUUUAUUUUUACGCAAAGUGAAUAUGUUGUGCUCAGGAUACUACUAGUGCCGAAGAACUGGAUAUUUCCUCUUUCCUCAAGUGAUAACCGUGGAUGCAAACGGCGCGCACGCGCACGUUCACAGGACCGCGCCGCCCUGCCGCCAUUUAGAACGGCGGCGCGGCUGCGCAGCAGUGGUUUGUGGUGUAAAGUGAACCCUGGAGCCGCACAGGGGUCUAUGUAGUGGUGCGGAGGGCGCGGCAGCAUGGACGACGGAGGCAGCAACAAGCAGCGGCAGGCCACCAGGGUCUUCAAAAAGAGCUCGCCCAAUGGAAAGAUCACAGUAUACUUAGGAAAGAGAGACUUUGUAGAUCACAUAACGCAUGUAGAUCCAAUUGAUGGCGUUGUGCUGAUCGAUCCCGAAUAUGUGAAGGAUCGCAAGGUGUUCGGGCACGUGCUGGCCGCGUUCCGCUACGGCCGCGAGGACCUUGACGUGCUCGGUCUCACCUUCCGCAAGGACCUCUACCUCGCCGCUGAACAGAUAUACCCAGCAACAGCGCCCGCAAAGCGUCCUCUGACCCGACUACAAGAGCGGUUGGUCCGAAAGCUGGGCCCCGCGGCGCAUCCUUUCUACUUCGAGCUGCCGCCGCACUGCCCGGCCUCGGUCACGCUGCAACCCGCGCCCGGCGACACCGGCAAGCCAUGCGGCGUUGACUACGAACUGAAAGCAUUUGUUGCCGAUUCACAAGAUGACAAACCGCACAAGAGGAAUUCAGUACGUCUGGCGAUCAGGAAGAUAAUGUACGCACCGAGCAAACAAGGUGAGCAGCCUUCAGUGGAAGUCUCCAAAGAGUUCAUGAUGAGUCCUAACAAAAUGUACCUGGAGGCAUCGUUAGACAAGGAGUUAUAUCACCACGGUGAGAACAUAGCUGUGAAUGUGCACAUCGCCAACAACUCCAACCGCUCCGUCAAACGCAUCAAGGUGUCUGUGCGUCAGUUUGCUGACAUCUGUCUCUUCUCCACCGCACAGUACAAGUGUACAGUAGCAGAGGCUGAAUCAGAGGAGGGUUGUCCAGUGGGGCCAGGGUUUACACUGAGCAAGGUGUUCACGUUGACGCCGCUGUUGGCCAACAACAAGGACAAGUGGGGACUCGCACUCGACGGACAACUCAAACACGAGGACACAAACCUCGCAUCCAGCACAUUGAUAGCAGAUCCGGCGCAGCGCGAGAACUUGGGUAUUAUAGUACAAUACAAGGUCAAGGUGAAAUUGUGUCUCGGACCUCUUGGCGGGGACUUGAGUGCGGAGCUCCCGUUCAUCCUGAUGCACCCGAAGCCGGAGGAGGAGGCGCCGCGCUCCGCCCCCGAGCCCGCGCCCCAUCAGGACCACGACCUCAUACAGCUCGACCCACACCCGUAUGUAUACAUUGAUUUUGUACUUUAUUCCCUUUGUAAAAAAGUACAAAUUAACUUAAUGCCAUCUUUUCUAUUUUACAGAGACGAGAACGGGCAAGAACAAGACGACGAUAUUAUCUUCGAAGAUUUCGCGCGACUGCGACUAAAGGGCGCGGACUCGGAGGCCUGAGAUGCGCCCCCGCCCCCGGCCCCGGCCCCGGCCUCGCCC